AUGGUAGAGGAAUACAACCUCCUCAAUAACAGUGAUGAUGAACCUUGGAGCAAUCCACACCACGCCGGCUACGACCUGCAGUUAAUCGAAGACAUUCAGAAUCAUUUAAAAAAUAGUGUACAGGAUCAGCAACAACUACAGGAUGACAGUACGAGUUCUAUGCACGGUGGUUUACGACUUAUCACCAAAUAUUGUGGACCUGGGAACUGGUCAACUAAUGGCGAGACUGUUCAGCAUGAAUACUUUGCUAGCACCGAUAUUUGCUGUAAACACCACGACGAAUGUCCAGAUACAAUUACUAACCGGGGUGAUUAUCAACGCUAUGAGAAUCUGCCUUACAAGGCUCAAUUUUUCACCAAGCUCCGUUGUAGUUGCGAUGUAGAGUUUCUACAAUGCCUUCGUAACGUUUCAACGUUCUUCUCCUACGCAAUAGCAUGGAUAUAUACAAAAGUGCAGUCCCACUGCUUCGAGCGCGAAUACCCAGCAAUAAAAUGUGUCUCAAAGAGGAACGAUGGACUCUUAUCAUCAGAUCGCUGUCUGACGUAUAAGGUCGAUAAUUCCAAAAGUCGGCAGUGGCAAUGGUUCGAUAUACCUUACAUCGGUGCUAAUCAUAUGUACUUUCCGGAAGUGGAAUAUCGUUACGAGCAUGACUGGUUUAAUAUACUUUUUGGGGCUAUAGCAACUGAACCUACUCAAUCGUAG